CACCCCGACCAGGCGUUCGGAAAUUGGUACCUCUCCCCAGGUCAACUCCGCACUCUCCACUCCCCGCAAACUUGCGAUACGUCAAUCCGCAUGCAGGAAGGGGCUCGGGAAAAUAUUCUUGGCUUUUGAGCUUGACCCGGGGACUGAUCCUUCCUGCCUAUCGCCAAGGCCGAGUGCUCGGUCCUAGCCAGCCGACGGCGAAAUUCGCACGCUAUUCUAAUUAAUUAUGACCGAAAACCGGCAAGGCCAUAUGCAGGUACAUAUUGAGCCGGUUUCAAUGCGAAAUACAUCGCUUCGCCACGCCUUUCAUUCUUGCGGUAUCCUACCAAAAUGUGGAAAGCGGCGCUGGCUCUCCUGGGCCUUGGACAGCUCUCAAGCCUGGCAACUGCACAGGUUCAGAGCUCAGGCAAUGCUGUUAAGGUCAAAUGGCUCGAAGGGACGCCAAUGCUUAAUUCCGGUACUACGUUCGGCCUUCCGUGGGCUCGAGGCCAACAUCCCUCCAACGGAACGACAUUUACCGCGUCCUAUGGUACCGGCGACCAGGUGCAGCUUCAAUCAUGGAUCACAGCAUAUUGGCCUGAUGGCUCGAUCAAGUGGAGCGGACAUGCCAUAUCUGGAGCCGAAACAGCCCACGACGAAUACACGGUUACGGCUUCCAAUGCCUCUUCCGCCGGCAUUAGGCGCCGAGCCGCUAAUGGAACCUCUAUACAGGUCACGGAGACGUCGGACAGCGUCAUAGUCGAUACCGGCAAGAUUUCUGCUUCUUUUCCGAAAUCUGGAAGCGUCUUGGUUUCCUCGAUCAAGACAUCGACUGGCAAGACGGUGGGCAGAAACGGGCGCUUGAUCUUGAGAUCGCAAUCGGGGGUAUCGGAGGACGGGGAUGCAUCCGGAAUCAGCUACUUCAAGUUUGGGAGCAAGAUCUACAAUGCCACCGUAUCAGCCGAAAGUUUGGUGCGUGCUUUGGUGACGGUGCAAGGCAUCCACCAAGUAGAUGGGAAUUCAACCGCUACUCAUAACGACUGGCUCCCGUUCACCCUUCGCUUCUACCUAUACGCCAAUUCUUACGCCAUUCGCACCGUCCAUACAAUAGUCUAUGAUGGCGAUGCAAAGAGCGACUUCAUCUCUGGCCUUGGUAUUCGCUUCGAUGUUCCCCUCGCCGGAGACGAGCUGUACGACCGCCAUGUCCGGAUCGCUGGUGCGGAUGGAGGAAUACUGCAUGAGGCAGCCCAAGGGCUCACGGGCCUGCGUCGGGACCCAGGAAAGGCCGUGCGAACCGCUCAGUACAACGGCACAAAGACGCCAAACAAGAGUACGUGGACCACUGGGGUUGCCGAUCACUUACAGUGGGUCCCGGCAUGGAAUGACUUCCGUCUUACGCAACUAUCGCCGGACGGCUUCAAUAUCAUGAAGCGCACUAAAGCCGGCCAGAGCUGGCUCAAGAUUCCGGGUGGAACACGGGCAGGCGGCCUAGCAUAUCUUGGAGGAGCCACCACUGGUGGGUUAGCCGUCGGACUACGCGAUUUCUGGAAGAAAUAUCCCACGAGCUGGGAUGUUUCUAAUGCUGCCACGGAGGAGGGUUCCAUUACGUUGUGGCUCUACAGCCCCUCAGCGGAACCAAUGGAUCUGCGGCCGUACCACGACGGCUUAGGCGAGGAUACUUACGAGAAGCAGCUGACCGCUUUGGACAUUACAUAUGAGGAUUAUGAAGGCGGAUACAACACACCUUACGGCAUCGCUCGAACCAACGAGCUCUUUAUCUACGCGUUCGACAGCACGCCUUCUGCUGACCACCUGUCUGCGCUAACGAACCAUACCAACGAACCGCCUGUCCUCGUCGCCGAACCGGAGUACAUCCACAACACCAAUGCGCUUGGCUCCUAUUGGAAUCUUCCCGGUGCAACCUCUAAUUCGUCCUCAGCAGCAACGAUCGAGUCACACAUGGACUUUCUGGUCAAGUUCUACCAGGACCAGGUCGAGCAGCGCCGAUGGUACGGUUUCUGGGACCAUGGCGAUAUCAUGCACAGCUACGACACGGAUCGGCAUACGUGGAAGUACGACAUUGGAGGCUAUGCAUGGGAUAACUCUGAACUCUCUCCCGACCUCUUCUUCUGGAAUUACUUCCUUCGCAGUGGCCGUGCUGAUGUGUAUCGUCUCGCUGAAGCUCAAGUUCGGCACGGAGGCGAAGUCGAUUCUUACCAUCUCGGAAACUUCACUGGCUUGGGGACGCGACACGGAGUUCAGCAUUGGGGUGACAGCGCAAAGCAAGUCCGCAUCUCCACCCCCGUGUACCGCAAGACUUUCUACUACCUCUCAGGCGGCGAUGAGCGAACGGGUGAUCUCGUCCACGAGGUCCUGCAAUCGGAGAAAGCUUGGGUUCUUGUCGACGCUCGUCGGAAAGUGCGCGACCCGAGCGUCGUCUACAAGCCCGAUCCAAGUGCUCUAUAUCUCGACUUUGGUACCGAUUGGGCGGGCGUAGCGGCGGCAUACUUGCUCGAAUGGGAGCGCCGCGGGCCGCGCUGGGAAGAAGCGCGUGAUAAGCUAAUCGAAACCGCGAAGACAUUCCCUCAGCUGAAGUUCGGCUUCGUGACCGGCGAGGCACUCUACAACUCGUACACGGGCGCAUGGGCACCUCCGCCGACCGAUCCAAACAACAACGGCACCGUCAGCGUCUCGCACCUCUCAGCCGUCUUCGGCGUCCUAGAAACCCUCGACCAGCUUUUCGCACACUAUCUCGAAACCCCCAAGCCCUUCAUCGACGCCUGGCUCGACUAUUGCUACUACUACGGCGCGAGCAAAGCUGAGCAGAAAGCACGCUACGGCAAGGACUUUGGCAGUCUCAGCCUGCGGCAAGGCCAUUCUCGUCUUACCGCUUAUGUCGCGCGUAUGAGAAACAAUGCUACGCUGGCGAAGAGGGCUUGGAACGAGUUCCUGAAUGAUGAUAGCCCAGACGAGCUGAACCCGAACGAUCCGUGGAAGACGGAGCGGAUCGAUGGGAGCGGGGUUCUGGUGCCGGUCGAUGAGGCGAGUUGGAUCACGACGAAUGCGGCGGCGCUGUAUGGGCUAGGAGGGAUUGAGAAUUUGGCGCUUGUUGGGGGGCCGGAGGGGAUGCGUGGGGGGAAUGGGACUGUGGGUGAGUAGGUGGGAAGGGAUGGUUUGCGAUUCGGACACAUCGUAUUUUCAUAGGGAAUGAAGCAGUCUUUCCUCAGGGCGGUUGAGUUUUUGAGAAUCCUGUAAUGUGGAUUCGGAUACCUGGGUAAGCACUCGAGGUAUGUUUUCUCUGUGCCACGCAAGGACUAUCUUGGACUGGCUACUGAUUCCGCAAGGCCCAAGG